AAUCAAGAGUUAUAUUUGUUUACCUUUUGUAGCUCCACCAGAGAGGCAAACUCCACGUUAUGAUAAAUGUUUACCCCUGCAGUGGUCGUCAAAAUUGAGAAUUGUUGUGCAAUAUUUGAUACAGCUCCUACAUUAUAUUUGAAUGUUUUCCAGGUUGAAGCGAUUGUACAUUGCAGUCGCCAGUACUGUAUUGUGCUGGAUCAGUGUCUUGCCACACCCAUGAUACUUUGUUUUUAGUGCAGCUCACAAUUUAACCCUAUCUGACAGUGCUGAUGAAAGCAUUUUCUGAGAUGUAUAAUACAAGCAAACUGAUCUGAGUUGACUGUAAAAUGUAAUUAUAUUUGUUCUAUUCAAAUGCGAACAGGGUAAAAGACCAAUUUUAACCCUGCUUGCUCCAGGUGCACAAUCUUAGUGGUAUUGGCUGCGUGUAGAAGAUUAGGCAACGCACAGAGCUUCUUAGUGUGUUACUCGUCUCGUCGUCUUCACCCAGCUCUCCUGGCUCAGCUAAAUGUGCAAGGACAGGAAUGUAUUGACUCCUUACUGGGCAUCAUGACUUGACUGACUUCCCAGAUCUGCAGGGUUUGCCAGAAACGUUGCAACGGAGCGUAAAAGCCAUGAGGUUGAAUCCACUGCUGCUGCUGUUCUGCACGUCCUUGCAGAGGACAACUUCUCAGGAGUCUGAAUGGAUCGAAGAGGUAGAAGUUAGUGGUAAGAUCUAUUAUACUGCCAUGUGUACUCUGCUGACAAAGCGUCUUUCAUGAUAGGAACUGGUUUUGAUGAGCUCAUAAGACUUUUUGACAUGUGAUGAAUCAAUGUAGGAAAAUCUCAUGGCACCAAACACAACAAUCACCUCAAACGUAGAGUCACUGCAGAAUUGGAUGAAAAUGUAGGCACCAAUGUUUUGGGAAAAACAGAACAUUUCUUCUCCAUUGUUUGUCAUGUUUGCAAGAAAAACUAUCAUAACAUCAACGCUACAUUUUUAAUGAGAUUUGUCAGCAACCCUUGUGCAAAUACUCAGCCUCCUGGAAAAAAAAUCUCAAAUAUUGCUCAAUAAGACCUUUACAAUUAAAGUUACACUUUGUUUGAAUAUUAGCUUAGUUUUUCGUAUUACCUCUACUCUAAAGUACAGUGACAGGCUUGCAAGUUAAAGGCUGGCGAAUUAGUCAAUGCCUAAUGUUAAGAGUUUUUACUCAAGAAUACAAGCUAGCUGUGUUAGCUUCUGUGCUAACUGGUGAAGAACAGACUUAGCUAUGUAGCCAUCCACCCAUCCAUUUUUGGUGCCACUAAUCCUGUUCAGGGUUGUGGGGGUUAGCUAAUAAUAAUAAAAAUAAAAUUUAAAAAAAACAUCUAUUGUAUGUAUUUGAAAAAAAUUGAAUUUUUGAUACAGGAGCAACAGGAUUGCAUAUGUUUGCGUGCCAUACUCCAUUAUGUCUGAAAACAUUGGGGGGUAAAUACAAGAGGACUUAGUUUAACGCUACCAGUUAGCUUGAUGAUGUGAUUUCAGCUGAGUCAUGUAACUCACUUUGUUCUCUUCCUCUAAUUGGAUACAAAAAAAGGUUUCAGUACGUUGCAUACAUAUAGGGAGAGAGACUGCAGAAUUAUUACUAUUUAAUAUAUAACUGUGAUGAAACAAAAUGUUUUGACAAUUACAAAGGUAUGACAAAAUCAUAGAAAUAUAUAUAUAUAUAUUAAAGAUUUAAAACUCAUUUAUUUAAAAAUAAGUUGGUCAUCAAGAGAAAAGGCCGUUUUAGGGGCUAUUUGUUAAAUAAUAUUUAGGAAUCACUUUUACAACAGCUACAGUUGCAUUUUGUCUCAAUACAAUUCUGGAAUGACCUGUGACCUGAAUGAUUCUAUCUCAGUUUACGCACAAACGAACUUGCUUCAUGUGCAAUCUGGGCCUGUUUACUUGAACUCGAAGCUGAUAUACUCGCAGGAAUUUAAGAAACAAACAAAAAGAUCUGCAGCAGCUCUGUCAUCUCGUCACUUGUCACUGGCAAAUAGAAGAACAAAGCUAGAAUAUCUGUGGCCCAGUAGGGGACACAGAAUGGAUCGCCCAACCAGAUUUCCUGGGGGACAUGUACUGGUCAGGGACAGCGCCACUCUGUCUGGCCGGCUGCCAGGCGCGCCACCAGGAGCUCAGGCGAGAUCCCUGUGGAGACUCCAGCUGCUGCUGGCUGGGCUACAAGUCCCUGUGCAGAGUGAAGUGUGGGAAGCCGGAUGUGGAUUACAAUGGAAUCGUCUAUGGAAAUGACUGGUGGGUGGGAUCUGUGCUGAGGUACUCAUGUCAUCCUGGCUUCUUGCUCGUUGGAAACGCCACCAGGACUUGCCAAGCGAAUGGUCUCUGGACUCCGAAACCUUCCUGCCUGAGAAUGUGCAAAAAGGGCUCCAUUGAAAUCAGUGAGAGAGAACUGAACGGAACAUGCAACUCUACCUGUGCACAUAAAAGCUACUCGGGGCCUCCCAAGCAAGGCUGUACUCAGAUACACAACUGCAAGAAGAAGGAGACUGGCUGGAAGCGUUUCUUUGCUCAGUGUGUCCCUUGCAUCUGUGACUGUGCUUUAUCAUGCCUAUCUACAGGCUAAAAUAAAGAAGGGAGACAUCACCGGGGAAAUAUAAAGACAGCUACUGUUCAUCCGGUGUGCAGUGUGCUGCAGAGUUGAUACAAGUAUGUUUGACAUUAACCACUCCAUUCACGCUCUCCAGAAACAGGCCGUAGUUUGCGUCCUCCUUCAUGGUGAACCUGGUGGGUGCAACACACGAGCUACAGUUUGCAGGAGAAACAUCUGAGACCUUUACGUCUUACUUGAAAUCAGGCCGCGUCUCCUGGAUUCUCCUCAGAGCCCCCAGCAGCACCCCUCCCUCCACCACAUAGGUGAAGUGGGUCUCAGGGGUCAUGUCGGACAGGUCGUUCACCACGGACAGUCUAAUGGGAACGGAUGCCUGCCCUGCACAGCAAGUUGCAUGUUGCAUGACACGAAGCAGCAACGCCCUGCGAGCUGCCACCCGACCUACGGAGCGUCCGACGUCCGCACGUCGACCGACUGUUGCGGCACUUCGGCGGGAGGCUGAUCGACCGUAGUCGUCAUUCUGCGUCCCCGUCGAGCGAGAAUUGUGAUGCGGGCGGAUUAUGUGGAACGACAAAGCGAGGUCGUCUCGGUGGGAUGCAGCCGUAGUUGGACGCCGGACGUGAAUGUAAAUCCCGGGAGUUGCCUGUGCAGAGGAUGCGGGGGGAUGAUGAUGAUGAUGAUGAUGACACCGACACCAUGAGCGGUUGCCGCACCCCGGGAGAUCUUUCGACGAGAAGCAGCAUUCCCCUUUUUGCACCCUCCAACGAAUUGCAUUGUUUUUGCCAUCACAGCGCCGACUGCAGAGACUAUUUGAUGGCGCUUCUGAUGUGCCGGGAUUGAGUCGUUUCUGUCCCUGAAGGCAUCUCCUGUGGACUGUCGCUAUCCCACCCACAGAGGGAACACAGGCGUCUCACUUGCUCGUUUCAACACACGACAAGAACAUGGCUGAAAAGACAGACCAGGUCUCCGUCAGCAUCCCCAUGGAGGAGACCAAACUCCACAGCGGGGCACCUCCGGAGGCCCCCCUGCUCACCCACCUGAAGAAAGUGGAGAAUCACAUCACUGAGGCUCAGCGAUUUUCCCACCUCCCACGUCGCUCCGCUGUGGACCUGGAGUUCAAUGAGCUGUCGUACACCAUCCGUGAGGGUCCCUGGUGGAGGAGGAGAGGUUACAAAGCCCUCCUCAAGUGUCUCUCCGGAAGAUUUAACAGCAGAGAGCUGAUUGGUAUCAUGGGGCCCUCUGGGGCCGGGAAGUCCACCCUAAUGAAUAUUCUGGCGGGGUACAGGGAGACGGGCAUGAAGGGCCAAAUCCUGGUGAAUGGCCGCCCGAGGGAUUUGCGGACUUUCCGGAAGAUGUCCUGCUACAUCAUGCAGGACGACAUGCUGCUGCCGCACCUUACGACUAGGGAGGCCAUGAUGGUCUCUGCCAAUCUGAAACUCAAUGAGAGCAUGCAGGUCAAAAAGGAACUAGUGCAUGAGAUUCUGACAGCUCUAGGGCUUCUGGACUGUGCUCAAACACGUACCAACUUUCUUUCGGGGGGUCAGUGCAAAAGACUGGCAAUUGCCCUUGAGCUGGUCAACAACCCUCCUGUCAUGUUCUUUGAUGAGCCCACCAGUGGACUGGACAGCGCGUCGUGCUUCCAGGUGGUUUCUCUCAUGAAGUCUCUGGCUCAGGGAGGACGAACAAUCAUCUGUACCAUUCAUCAGCCCAGUGCCAAGCUCUUUGAGAUGUUCGAUAAGUUGUACAUCCUCAGUCAAGGUCAAUGCAUCUACAAGGGCACAGUCCCUUACCUCAUUCCAUAUCUGAAGAACCUGGGCCUCCACUGCCCAACAUAUCAUAAUCCUGCUGAUUUCAUCAUCGAGGUGGCAUCAGGAGAGUAUGGAGACUUGAACCCGGUGCUGUUUGAGGCAGUCCAGGGUGGACUGUGCUCCGAGGAGGGCAAGAAGAACUCAAGAGACAAGAGUGACUCUUCCUGUCCAUCUCAGUGCCACAGUGACACGGGGACCCUUGAGAAACAUAGCUUUGCCACCAGUACUUUCACACAGUUCUGCAUCCUCUUCAAAAGAACCUUCAUUACAAUAUGCAGAGACACGGUGCUAACCCACCUCAGAGUGAUGUCCCAUCUGUGUAUUGGAGUGCUGAUCGGUCUACUUUAUCUCAAAAUUGGAAAUGACGCCAGUAAAGUCUUCAACAACACGGGUUUCCUCUUCUUCUCUAUGCUCUUUCUCAUGUUUGCUGCCCUGAUGCCCACAAUUCUAACCUUUCCUCUGGAAAUGUCUGUGUUUGUAAGGGAACACCUCAACUACUGGUACAGCUUAAAGGCCUACUAUUUGGCAAAAACAAUGGCGGACAUACCAUUUCAGGUGAUUUGUCCAAUCAUGUACUGCAGUAUUGUGUAUUGGAUGACCGAACAGCCUCCAGAGGCUGGUCGCUACCUGCUAUUCAUGGCCUUGUCCACAUCCACAGCCCUGGUAGCCCAGUCUCUGGGACUCCUUAUUGGCGCUGCAUCCACAUCUCUGCAAGUCGCGACAUUUGUCGGUCCAGUCACAGCCAUACCUGUGCUACUAUUCUCUGGCUUCUUCGUAAAUUUUGACACCAUUCCUAAAUACUUACAGUGGAGCUCCUAUGUAUCUUAUGUCAGGUACGGCUUCGAGGGAGUGAUACUCUCCAUCUACGGGAUGAAUCGCACCGAGCUUGAAUGUCCGGGUCUGGUGUGUAAAUUUCAAAAGCCGGAGGAGGUUCUGCAGCUGCUGGAUGUGGAGGAUGCAAAGCUCUAUGUAGACUUCAUGGUGUUGGGCGUUUUCUUCCUCAUUCUCAGACUGGCCACUUACUUUGUCCUGCGGUACAAAGUCAAGUCUGAGCGUUGAGGAGAUAAACUCAGUAUCGAGUUCAAAUAUCAGUUCAACAUUAUCCGUGAAACUGCUUGUUAUUCAUGAACGUUUCCUGUACCUCUUCCUUUCAUAAAUUUUCCUUCAGCUUGGAUUUCGUCCACAGUCAUCAUCACAGUCCAGAAAGAUUGUUCAUCCGCACCAUACAUAUGAAGUCCGAUGAAAGACACGGAAAGCAUGUUUAUUUAAACUCAAGACUUGGGAUGUGUACUUGUUUCUGAGAAAAGUGGGACAUAAAGUACUUCUUGCUUCUCAAUGUCGAGAUAGUAAUCCUGGAUUCACAGGAAAUCCCAUGAUUGGUGUUUGAUUGAAACACAGAUGCCCGACUUUAGUGAAGAAUACAUUCCUGUUGUCACCAGGGAAAGUGGAAACUUCAAGUGCCAGACCUUUUAUGAGCUUCUCACUUUCCUUAAAUCCGGUGUCUCCUUUUUGGGGAUACAAUCCUAACCUACCAACUGCCAAUGGAUGACUUCUCCCUCCCCUUGAUGGAUCAUUUUCACAAGCCCUAUGGCACAUCAUGAACAUGAACGAUCGGAUGAGGAUGAAGGAUUUGUGAAGAUGUCAUCCGUGAGUCUUCUCAUUUGCUGCCAGGACAAUAACUCCUUGUUUGUACUGAGAGGCAUCCAAAAAGCAUGGAGAUAACCUUGGAGAAAACAGGCAUGACUGUUUCUUUCAGCCGGAUGCAGAGGGCUAUCCUAAAUGUACUGCCUGCACUUAGGAGAAGUGCAAUAGCUUUGGUCAGGAAAAAAAUAGAUGCUCGUCUCAUCGCUGUUACUCUUCUGAGUCAAUCCGUCCAAGUACAUACUUGUAUGAUUCUUUUGCCUCCCACUCCUCCAUGAGAUAUGAGGGAAUUAUCUUUUCUUCUCUGCAUCACUUGGCAUUGCCCAUGUCUGACUGAUGUGCGUUUUCCAAAACAAUGCUCGAUACUUGAAAUGCUGGCUGUGCUGAUUGUGUGCCUCUGAACUAGAAUGAUACAAGCUUUGUCUGCUUCAAUGCUGGAUGUUUGCGCACACAAUUUACAGUAUAUUACCAUACAUGUUUGUCUGUCUGUCUCUUUCUCUUUCUCACACACACACACACACACACACACACACGCGCGCGCACACACACACACACACACACACACACCCACGCAUCCUUCUUUCAGGGCAAUGCAACUAUUUUCCAGUAGACUUGCUAUGAAAUAUUUCUUACUCAAUCUAUGCUACUUAGUAAUCCUUAUUAUAAUGUAUAAAGUAAUGUAGGUAUAUAAUCAACGAUUGUACAGUGGAUAUGUUAUGCUGUGAAAAAAUACAAGUACAAUGCACUUUUCAGUAUAUGUUUUAGCAUCUUAUUUAUUUGUAUUAUAUACAUAUAUAUAUAUAUAUAUAUAUAUAUAUAUAUUUUUUUUUUAUAGCUUAAGGUUUGAAGAGUGCUACUUGUAAAGUACAACAGAAUGUUUCCUGCUCGCUAUAGGACCUGAAAUUUCAUGGUCUAAUAAUGACCUUAUCUAAAUGUAAUCAUCUUACCAUGUUCAUGGGAAUUGCAUCACCUUUAAAAAGAAAAAACCCAGAUGGAUUGCUGCUGUGAAUGGGAAAUGAAGUAAAAAAUGACAAUGGAGAUGUCUGUGAGAUGCAAUCGAUGAGAGGAGGAUAUAUAAUAAUAAUAAUAACAAUUACAGUAUUAUUAUGAUAUCAUCUUAAUUCUAAUAACAAUAAUACAUUUUAUUUGUAAAAUGUGUUAAGGUGAAAAGUGUGAAGGGUAAAGAUGGUUCUGAGUGUUUUGUACAUGGCGUUUCAUUUCACAGGUAUAAUAGAAUUGUAACUUGGGUAAAAUAACUGUAGCAGGCAGCCUGAUUUUGUUAUUGAUAGCAAUAGAAAAUAUUGUGACGUUUGAUUGUCAAACAUGCCACCUCACAAUCAUCACUUGUAUGCUUUAAAAUACACACUUUAUUUAAGAACAUUAAUUUAUUGCCAAGGGCAUGGUGUGCAAUAGUAUUUCUAAUAUAACUCUAAAUGACAUGUCUCAUUAAGGAAAAUAUUUCUUUUUAUUAGUUGUGACUGCUCAGUAAAAUGCAUUUUAAUGUGCAUGUUAAUGGAUGCUUUACAGGAGGGAAAGCAAAAAUAAUACAAUUCAAAUAUUAUGUCGAUGGCUACUUUAAAUGAUGUUAAUGCAACAGGGAAGGUAUUGCCUUUAAUGCCAGAUCCUGUCCCGAUAAUUGCCUCUCAAGUGUAGGAAAUUGUGGGUGAACAGGAAAUAUUGCAGUCAUUUUACUGCCAACACAACAGAUAAGAGUUUUCACCAUCCUUAAAUUAGAUCAAACCCCAUAGCUGGUUGCUAACUCUGCAAGAUGUAUUUAAACACACACACACACACACACACACACAGUCUGCGGGGGGGCAAAUCAACACAGGAACAAAGCACUGAUGUUGAAGUCAUUAACCAGUGCUAACCAGUCAUUAACCAUUUAACCAGAGAGUCUUGGCCUCUGCAGGUCUGAACAAUAGCAAAAAUGAAAACAAAUAAUUAAACAUUCAUAAGGAUGCUCUUUCAAAGGGAUUAUACUGUCCCGUUCGUUUUCUAACCAGAUAAAAUCCUCUAAAUGGGCUUUCACGGAUCCUUAAAAUCCAAGCUGUUCUCACAAUCACUGGUCUGUCAAAAUCCAAUUUUACAUUCUCCUAAAAUUGUGUUAUUCUGUAGCCUACUGGGUGACUUAUUUAAUUCCACUAAUUGAAUCAUAUCAUGUAUCAUAUCGGCAGUAUUAAGGGACUAUGAAAGUUUGAGGGAUGCAGCAUAUACUGUAAAUGCAUGUUCAAGUCAGAAAAUAUGUCUUUUCACAUACUUUUAAGUGUCAUGUUAUGAUUACCCCUGACAACAUUGAAAAGUCCCCAGACUUUCUGUCAUGUGUGAUUUCUUUGUAUGCAGGUUAUCAUACAUACAAAUUUGUGAGGACCGAUUUUUGUCUGAUAUGAUUUGUGUCUCAUUUAACGUUGAUUUUCAUUUUCAUUUGAAAACGUAGUUCUGUAUACUAAAAUCUGUUCCAAUGCUUAUAAUAAAGCUCAUUUAUAACCUUUGCCAUUGCUUGUAAAUAGUGAAUUGUUUUACUUAACACAGUUACAUACAGUAUAGGCAGCACAAUGAGCUAGUGGUUC